AUGAGCCACCUUCAAUCCCUCACCCGUUCCCUCCCUCUCGCAAGAAGCAGAGCUUCAGCCCGUGUCGCCGUCCUAACCCUCACGAACCACCAUAAUCAUCAACUACAAUACUCCACAGCGACCCAAACGUCCGCACGUCCCAAGAUCCUCGAUCCCGCUGCCGCAGGAUUCGAUGCAAACCCACGAGAUGUUGAGAAACAUAACAGAGAGUUUGAACGUAGAGGGGAAGGUGGACAUCCUGGGAAAGUAUCUGAGGGAAAAUCGGCUGCUUCGGUGAAGAAACCGGGGCCGAAGAUACAUAAUACUGCGGGUGUUUUUGAUGGGGAGAAGAGGGAUGUUGAGAGGCAUAAUAGGGAGUUUAGGGAGAGGCAUGAUAGGGGGGAGUGA